AACAACUCAGCUUCCCUUGUAGUUUUUUUUUUUUUUUUUUUUUUUUCCCUCUAAUAUCUUUCUUUUCUUUUUUUUUUUUUUUAAUUUGUGUAAAAAACCAAGAGAGAUUGAGAGGGAAACAGAAAACUGAAAAUUGAUACAGCAAAACAGAGAGCAGUUACCGGCGAUAUUCCCAUUUUGCAACAAAGUCUUCAAAGAUGAUAGCUUGUUUGGGACGAAUCGUUCAGGACACAGACGCCGAUUCCAUACCCGACGACGACGUUUCCACCCUAUCCGAAUCCCUCGACCUCCAAGGCACCAUCGAGAGCGGCGGAAUUACCGGCGUAGCUGGUAAAGAUUUCGGUGGUCUUUACUCUGUCAAGCCGUUAGCUUUGAUUAAACCGUCUGGGACCGAGGAUAUAGCUCGGGUCGUUAACGCCGCUUCACGGACUUCUCACCUGACGGUUGCGGCAAGGGGUAACGGCCACUCCAUCAAUGGCCAGGCGAUGGCUGACGGUGGAUUCGUUAUAGACAUGCGUUCGACGGAGGAAAACCAUUUCAAGCCGCUGACAAUCGAUGGCUCUCAUUAUAUCGACGUCUCCGGCGGGGCAUUAUGGGAAGACGUCUUGAAACGGUGCGUUUCGAUGUUCCGUUUGGCUCCGAGGUCAUGGACCGAUUAUCUCAGCUUGACGGUGGGCGGGACGUUAUCCAACGCUGGCGUUAGUGGACAAGCGUUCCGUUUUGGUCCCCAAACGUCGAAUGUAACGGAAUUGGAAGUUGUAACUGGAAAAGGAGAAAUAACGGUUUGUUCUGAAACCCAAAACUCCGAACUGUUUUUCGGAGCCCUCGGCGGACUGGGUCAGCUCGGAAUUAUAACCCGAGCCAGGGUAAAGCUUCAACGAGCUCCGGACAUGGUAAGAUGGAUAAGGGUAGUGUAUACUGAGUUCGAAGAAUUCGCUCGGGAUGCUGAGUUUCUGGUGACUCAGGAAGAAAGUGAGUCGUUUGAUUACGUGGAAGGCUUCGUAUUCUCCAACAGUGACGACCCAAUCAAUGGCUGGCCAUCCGUACCAUUAGACCCGGACCAUGAAUUCAACCCGGCUUACAUCCCUCAAACCGCCGGCUCAGUCCUCUACUGCCUCGAAGUGGCUCUCCAUUACCGCAACAGUGACCGCCCUUCAACAGUAGAUACGGCCGUAAGCAGACUUCUUGAACGGCUAGGAUCCAUCCAACGGUUGAAGUUCCAGUUGAAUGUUAGUUACGUGGAGUUUUUAUUGCGUGUGAAACAGGUGGAGGAACACGCUAAAGCCAAUGGCAAUUGGGAUAGCCCUCACCCUUGGUUGAAUAUCUUCAUAUCGAAAUCAAGUAUAGUUGAUUUUGAUCGAACGGUGUUUAGAAAGAUGUUGAAAGAUGGCGUCGGAGGGCCCAUGUUGAUCUACCCCCUCUUGCGAAGCAAGUGGGAUAGUCGGACAUCGGUGGUGCUACCGGAAGGCGAAAUAUUCUACAUAGUGGCGUUGCUCCGGUUCGUUCCUAAGGGUCCAACGGUGGAAAAAUUGGUGGCACAAAACCACGAGAUCAUCAAGUGGUGCAACAAAGAGGGUUUGGAUUUCAAGCUAUACCUCCCUCACUACCAGUCAAAAGAGGAUUGGAAACGACAUUUUGGGAAUCAAUGGACACGAUUUGUGGAAAGGAAGACCAAUUUUGAUCCAAUGGCUAUCCUUGCACCUGGACAAAAAAUUUUUAAAAGGACCCAUAUCAUCAAACCUUAAUUAGUGUACCCAAUUUGUAAUUUUUUUUUUGUUAAUUCUGCAUAUGAAAUUUUAUCUUCUUUGAUGUUUCCCAUUAAAUUGGUGGGUCAGGUCAAGUUGGUUGAUAAUCAAUGUUUGAAAGGAAAAACAAAAGAAUCAUAAAAUCUUGACUAAA